CGGGCGGUGGGGCAGCCCGAGCUGGGGGGCAGGCAGGGCUCGGGGCAGCCCCUGUCCCCACGUGACGCCCGCGCCGCGCGGGGGCGGCUCCGGUUCAUUCAUAAAUCCCGGGGCCGCCCCGCCGCACCGAGCGCAGCGGCGGCGAUGGAGCCCCGGUCCCAGUUGUAGGACGCGCUUGGGCCAGGACGGACCAUGAGCGAUGACCCGACACCCUGGGACAACGCGACGGAGAGUGCCACGGUGGUGCCUGGCGAGGGUUCCCCCCAGGAUGGCUACGUGCUGCUCCUUGCCCUGCUCUCCAUCUUCAUCGGGGGCACCCUGGUCCUGCUCUCUGGCAUCCUGAUCAUCUGCCGCCGGUGCUGCGAGGCCAACCGCCGGCACUCCAGAGCCAGUGAUGACCCUGAGAAAACUACCACCACCUACCUGGACGACUCACAGCCAGCCCAGGAUAUCACCAUCAAAGUGGAGGAACCCGACUGCCUAUCGUCCUCCAGCUACCGGGAUGUGGAGAAUGAGCGGUUUCUGUCCUCCAGCUCCUCCACUGCCCGCCGUGUCUCCUUCAACGAGGCCACUCUCUUUGACCAGGGCAAGAAGACCCAGGAGAAGGGGAGGAGGUACACGCUGACAGAGGGGGACUUCCACCACCUGAAGAACGCCCGCCUGACCCACCUGCACCUCCCACCACCUGCCCUCAAGAUUGUCACCAUCCACGAGUGCGAGUCCAGCGAGAACAGCCUGGCCAUGACCCCCCGCCUGCCCCCCCCCAAGCCUGGCCUUGCCAUCUUCCAGCCCCCCACAGGGGCCCUGCCCCAGCCGGCGCUGCCCAGCCAUGCUGUGUGCCCCAGCUCUGCCCUGCCCGGGGACACCUACAACUCCACCGUGGACACCAGCUUCACCGAGGCCAGCCCGUCCGCCUCCUCCGACUCCGGGGAGGGCCCUUUGUUCGCAGCAGCACCCAGGAGCGGGAAGGUGGCUGGGGGGGGCGGUGCUGGCCCCGGGGAGCCCCCCCCAGCCCCUGCACAGGGCACCGUCCUGCAGUUCUUCACCCGCCUGCGCCGCCAUGCCAGCCUGGACGGGGCCAGCCCCUACUUUAAGAUCAAGAAGUGGAAGCUGGAGAGCACCCAGCGGGCGUCCAGCCUGGACACGAGAGGGUCCCCCAAACGGCGGCAGUUCCAGCGGCAGCGGGCAGCCAGCGAGAGCAUGGACCAGGAGGACUGGGACCCUCACCAGACAGACAUCAUCCAGUACAUCGCCCACACGGAUGAUGUGGCCUUCCACCCCGCGGGCGGCCCUUUCCUGCCCUCCCCCACCAGCCCCCCACCCUCUCUCGGCAGGCUAGAGCCGGGCGAGGGGGGCACAGGCAGCCCCAGCGAGGCUGGUGGCCCGGAGCAGCCCAGCGCCUACCAUGACAUCUGGAGCCUGCGUGCCUCGCUGGAGCUGUAUGCCUCCUCGGAGCGGAGCAACGACCAGGACUCUGUGCGCAGUGACGGCGGGGACAGCAUCUCCUCUGCUGGUGGCAUGCCCCCCUGCCCCUCCUCCUCCCUGGAUGAGGCCGAAGGCCCCGAGGAGAAGCUCUGGGGUCGGCCCAAGGUGGAGGAGUCGGAGCCUGGCACGCGCAAGCUGCUGCAGAUGGACAGUGGCUACGCCUCCAUCGAGGCGCCCAGCCGGGGGGGUGAGGAGGGGCCCCCCAAGGACCAGACGGCCUCCGAGAAGCGCAUUUGCUUCACCAGCGCAGGGCGGAAAGGUACCAUCUUUGAGAGCUUCGAGGGCCAGGAGCUGGAGGCGGAGGAGGAGGAGGAAGAGGAGGAGGAGGAGGAGGAGGGGAGCACGGCCUGGGGCGCAGCGGGUGGGGGACCCCCCCGUCCCCACAGCCCCCUGGCCUGGUCCCCCUACGGGCAGAUGUUCCCAGGGCGGGAUGCGCUGCCCCGGCGGGACUACAGCAUCGACGAGAAGACAGACGCCCUGUUCAACGCCUUUGUGCGCCACGACCCCCAGUUCGACGAGUCCCCGCUGCGGGGGAAGCACCGCUCCCGCACCCACCUCCGCAAGCAGUGGCAGCACACCAAGCAGUACAGCGACCCCGGCGUGCGCUACCCCGCGCUGGAGCGGCACCGCACGCCCCUGCGCCGUGGGGACAGCGCCAACUACCCCCUGGAUGCCCGCUUCCACAGCCCCCUGCCCCGCAUCGUCAGCGCUGGCGACGAGGAGGCGGCGGAGGCGGCUGAUGGGGUCCCCCCUGCCCCAGCACUGCCCGACCCCGAGAUCCAGGUGAUCGUGGAAGAGCCCGGAGAGGUGGUCCCUGAGCCCAAGGCUGGCUCCGAGCCCCCCAGGGACCAUGACUGCCCUGGCCCCGGGAGGUGCCUGGGGCUGGGCUCCGGCUCGGAGCUGAUGGACAAGAUUGCCGGCGGCCUCGAGGAGCGGCUCUAUGGGCACUUGAGGAAGGCAGGAGACAGCACCGAGUGCGUGGUGGCCGUGGCGGCCAGCGAUGCCCCCCCUGACCACAGCCCUGUUUAGGCCCAGCACGAGGGGGAGACACCCCGGCACAGGGGGGGACAGCCCCCACCGGGGUUCGGGGCUCCAUCCCCUCCUGCUGCCAGCGUGGGGACCAGCCUGGGGUGCCGCGGGAAGUGUCACCCUGGCAUGGGAAGGCCAGGAGGGCGCCUGGGGUCCCCUGGCCGUACCCCCCCACACCGUGGGGGUCCGGUAGCGUGGGGUGGCCGAGCCCCCUCGCUCCUGGGAGCGAGGUGCCGAGGUGCCAGGCAGCCGCAGAGGGCCCGGGCUGGGGGUGCCCCGGGGGUCAGGGUGCAGAGGUGGAGCAGAGCAUUGGCUGGGAGGUCAGCGACGAGGGACUUGGGUAAUAAACCCCCAAACCCAGCUGAGGCCUAAUCCUUACCUCACGGCAGAGCUGUGUAGCAGAUACGCUCUCCCCCCUCUCGCUGGUGUUUUACAAGCAAUAAUGCCUCCUGUGCGGCUGGGAACAUCCUUGUGAGGAAGGGGCCAGAGCUCGGCAUCCCCUGGCCGGCUGGGGAAUGCUGCGGUGCUGCCCUGCCAGGGGGGGCAGUUGUUUGUUGAGGGGGACAGUUGCCUCCUCAAGCCCACGAACCCCCUCCCAGUUCUACAGGGAGCCUGGGAUCUAAACUGGAAGUGGGGGGGCCUAGGGGCACCGUGCUGGGGCAGGAGGAUGCUCGAGGGGCUCGGGCAUCGCCCCCGGGGGCGCAGCUGCAGCUGGAUCCCUAGGGCUGGGGAAGCAGGACCAGCCCCGGGCCCCCCCCUGUAAAUACCCCCAGUAGGAGGGGGGGCUGCCCAUCACCUGCCCCUGGCAUUGUCCCCUCUGCCCAUGUGUACAGGGCGAAAGCAGACCCUGGGGUCGGGCCUCCCCCCCCCUGCCCCGAGUCCUCCACACCCCCCUGCCCUUCCUGGGAGCUCAGUGAUGGGCUCGAGGUGUUCAGAGGAUAUUUACUGAUUUUUACAGAGGUGGCUGCUGCUGCUGUGGGGGAGGGGUUUGCUUUUUAGUGGGUUUUUAUGUGAGUUUCAAAGGACGGGGGGAGAAAAAGGAGAAAAAAAAAAUGUCGCCCCCCCCCCCCAAACCGAAGAUGUGGUACCUGGGAGACUCGGCAGUGGGGUGGGCAGGAGGGGCAGGCAGGGCUCAGCGAGGGCCCCCCACACCCCUCCACGGCAUCCCAGUUGCAUGUGAGUAAAGAGGCUGGGUCGCUCCUUCCCUCUGCAAAGUCUCUGUCCAAAGCGCUAACUGGAUCUACAACUCAGCAUUUUUAAGUCUAUAAAAAAAAAAAAGACCAAAAAAACCCCAACAAAAAAACCCCAAAACCCAAACAACUGUGACUUUUCUGAACUUGCUUCUUACCUUCCACCCCCUGGGGAUGGGGUCCUAUCCUGCUUGGGGGGGCCCCGCACCCACCCAAAAGGAGCACAGCCCCCCAGGGAGAGAGGCUGGCCGUGCCCCCCCCCCCAUCCCGCUUGCUGCAGGAGGAAGGACAUGAAACCCACCUC